CCUCCAAACUGGGUAAUCCGGGACAGAUAAUCGAAUCCCCCCAUUGAAGGGAGCCUACAUUACGUAGCUAACUGCAUCCACAUCACAACAAUCAGAAAAUCCAGAGAAAAACAAGGAAGUGAACGGUCACGUAACUCUGAACAGUUAUCUCCGUUUUUAGUAUUAAAACGGUCCUGAUAGAAAAAUACAAACAACUUCAGAAUCAUCGUCUUCGACUCAGAAAACCACACAGCAAUUCAGAACAAUGAACAACAAAGGUUCCUAUCCCCAGCAAACUGUGUACCCACAGCAGAGCAGUGCACCCAUCUACCCCCCUGCUAUGCAAGUGUCUCCUCAGGCACCCCCUUACACAGACGCACCACCUGCAUACUCUGAGAUUUAUCAGCCCAGGUAUGUGCACCCAUCUCAGGCUGGCCAGCUACAGCAAAUGGCCCAGUACCCUGGCACUCAGAUGUACAUGCAACUGCCCCAGUCCAUGGCUGUUGGACCAAUGGGCCACAACGUCCCCAUGGCAUACUACCCCAUGGGAGCCAUGUAUCCCCCUGGCUCCACUGUGCUAGUGGAGGGAGGAUAUGAUGCUGGUGCUCGAUUUGGUCAAAGCAACAGUGCUUCUAUCCCUCCCCCACCUCCUGGCCACAUGCCUAAUGCAGCUCAGCUGGCCGCCAUGCAGGGUGCCAACGUCAUGAUGACACAGCGCAAGAACAACUUCUUCAUGGGUGGUUCCAAUGGUGGGUACACCAUCUGGUAACAGCCAGCAUUUGCCACAACUUCUCCCCAUACUCCUCUCCCUCAUUCAAAAUGAUGAUUCCCUUUCCUGUCCCAUCCGCCAACCCCUUUCGGGCUGCUUGGCCAUGCCACAAUACUGAUAUCACUUAAUGGAAUGUAAUACUUUAGAGCCCUGAUAAAAGGUACAGUACUCCACUUUCGAUCCAGAAUCAAAAGUCUUAAUUACUUAUUCAUAAUUUGGGCUGCUGAACCGGUUCCCUGACCUUACAAGGAUAGUGCUGCUGUCUUCAGUCAAAACACAUUUCAUAUGUUACUGGCUAUAUUUUCUUUUUGAGUGAAUGACAUCGAUCUAAACUCUUUAACUGUCACAAUUUUUGUACUUUAUUAUUUCCGUUUUUCAUGUUUAUUUGGAUUCGGCCUCAUGUCUUCCUCACAAAGAGUGCUAAUGAUCCAAGCAGUGCAUCACAUAUACUUUCUUUUUUUUCUUUUUGCAUGGCAUGUUGAAUAUGCCCAGUAGGCCUAUCUAAAAAUCAGUUUCUCCGGCCACCAGAUUGUAGUAUAAUAGAAUGCUGGUAUGUUAAACAAGAACCAAAAUAAACAAGAACAGAUUGCAAAAUUCUAACCAGACUAUUACAUGCCAUGGUGGUUUACUGUACCUUCUUGGGCAACUGUAGAUGAACAUAAUCGGGUGCCAAACAGCACCGUGACUUAAAUAAAAGCGAAUUAACUUAAAAUACUUAAAGAAAUUCAGUGUGAUUUUCCAAAUUGAGAUUUGGAUCAUCGAAAGGGUUGGUUGGCUUUAUAUUUUUGCAGUUACAUUUCUUCCCCUAAAGUCGGAUACCCAGAGUUGAACAUCAUCCCAGUGUUUCGUUAAGUAAAAUAAUGACACCCAAGACCUGUUCUUAAAACAAAGUACUGUCAAGUAAGGUAGAAUAACCUAUUAAGAUCAGUAGGUUGUAAAAGUUUAACACUUAAAACUUUAACCCUUCAUUAUAAGGGCUGCAGUGUUAUGAAGCCUUUGAGUGUUCAAUUAAAAUAUAACCAGUUUGUUUAUUUUCUGUCUCAUCUUCAAGUGAUUUGUUUGAAUCAAUUACUAGUUACUUACUUUGUAAGUAUAACCACGGAGAUGGUUGUACCAAAGAUAUGGUCUAGAUUGCACUACAAAAUGUUUGGUUGUGACUUAAUUAUAAUAAUUCAAAUAUGGCACAUUUUAAAAGGAAACAUAUCAAACAGUGAUGAUGGGUUUGAAGGUACUUAAGACCUUCGAUCUGGCAUUUGUUGCUGUAUUUUGUAAUGGGGUGAUUUAAAUGUUUAAUGUAAUUGUGACUAGGUGGUUCUGCAUGCCUUUUUGCACUUUUGCUCUGUACAACUUUGAAUUUUGUGAAGAUGUAUCAUUGCUAAUUUUUAUAGAAAUGCCACAAUUUAAUUUAUGUAUACUUCUGGAAAUGAUAGAUUUUGCUACUUGUUUUUAGUACAAAUACUAAUAACCUGCAAAUACAGCGCUAGGCAAAGGCUACUCUUUCCUGUACAACUUAUUGAAGGAAUUUCAUUGAAGUGUCUUUUCACUCCAAAAGGGUGAGGUUCCUAAAUGUUUUAGGACUGCAGCAAAUCACUUGCAUAUGGUUCCCCUUGCCCGAUUUGUUAAUUGUAGUGUUAAGCCACACCAUUAUUUAUGAAUACAUUUUAUUAUUAAUAAAUAUGCAUUAUCAGUCGUGCUUACAACUUUUUAUUUUCCAAUACACUUAUGUGCGCUGCUAAUUAAACUACCGUAUAACUUAAGUCAAAUAUCUAACACUAGGUUUGAUCCAGUUUGUGAAAACGCCUAGAUUCAAGAAUUUGAUAUUUUGGUUUUAACAUUAACAUUCAGUGCAAUUUCUUUAUUUUUCCUUAUGUAAUGCAACUCAUGUCUUUGUAUGUUAUGAUAAAUUCAUGUGUCACUGGGUAUCCGACUUAAUAGCCUAGAUUUGAUAGUUGUGGCCCUCAUUAAAACAAGUAGUCCUCACUGAAAUGUGAAUUCCAGGUUACUUUGGUCAGUUGAUCAGCUGUCUGGAAACCUGCUAGCCUAGCAUGCAACCUGUUUGGACAUUAUGUAUCAGACUGCAUCUUCUCUUGGUUACACUGAUCACAUGACUAACUACCAUUCCAAACAUGUUUGUCAUGUCACUCAUUUUGCACAGCUGUAAAUGUGUAUCCCAUUCCAAAAAACCCACACUGAUGCAUCAUACGGUUUAAAAAGGGGUCACAGCUUUCAAAAUGUAAACAAAAAAGGCUCAUACAAUUUUGUUUAGUUUCUUUCUGUCCCAGACCUGACUCAUGUUUGUAACGCAGCUUAGACCUAGCAAUAUGAUGUACCGUAAUGCUUACCAGUAGAUGCCAUGCCAACCACAGCCAGUGUGGAGUAAAAGUUUCUGUUGAAGGAUUUAUGGACAUUUAUAGUUCAGGGAUUCUCUUUAACAUUUUUAUAAUAUGGAUAUGUAUUAAAGUGAUUUGAUGGACUACA